UGUGUGCAUUGAAUUUAUUUAAUAGCCUACACGAGUUUUACAAUUUGAGUUGAAUUACUGAAACGAACUUUUCCACGACAUUCUAAUUUAUUGAGAUGCACCUGUAAUGUGCCGUGAAAUGCGAAAUAGCGUAAGAUAACGACGACAAAAUAUUAUUGUAUGGCUUGAGAAAAGAUUACUCUAAAAGUUCAGUUCAGUUGAGGUUUUUAGCAAAAAUUAUCUCAAUCUAACCGGGCGUCACGUAUGGCAGGAAUUCUGCUCUGCUCCACGGUGUGAGAAUCCGAGAACAACGGGCUCAUUAUUUGGGAGGAGGCUGAGACGGCGCGUUGUGAUUGGACGCUGGCAGCAGGUAGAAACGCACAGGUACUUUAAUACAUUCUCUGGCAAAUUAAGAUUCCUGCGUUUUCGCUCGCUGAUCUUUUCUUCUCGGUCUUCAUCUCUCAGCGCUCAUGUAAAUGAAUGUCGGAAAGGGCAGCGAAUAUGAUACUUUUUCAGAACAAGGCAUCGCAAAUCUCUGGCGCGAUCAGAGUCCUCGGAUGUUCGAAGUUAAAUCGUUUCCUUGUGCGUUAAAAAUAAACGUUUUGAGUUGAAUGACAUUUUUUAUUGUUCGAGUAGCCAGCCUAUGUGACUGGAUUAUUUAUCUUGGAUAUUGGACGUCUGACAUUACAAGGAAGUCUUUCGACCCAAUUGUUAAUAACAGUGUUGAUUGUUCUUUGUUGAAUUCGAGCUCAAUAAGGGUCACAAGGGCAAAUUAUAGUUCAUUCUUUAAAACAAUAACGUGAUUAUUAACGGAUACUUAUCCAGCUGAACAGAAUGACUGAUUCAUGGCUACACCUCCUUGUCUUGAUGUUAACAGGUCUGUCAGCGUGUGUGGCAGAAGUGUGCGGCAGGCCUCCGCUAGGGAAACGCAUCGUGGGAGGAGUUGAAGCAUCAGCAGGGGCGUGGCCAUGGCAAGUGGACAUUCAGAUGGGAGCCAAUGUCCAUGUUUGCGGUGGAUCCAUAAUUGCAAAAAGUUGGGUCCUCUCUGCUGCACACUGCUUUCCUAACCCCUCAGACGUGUCUUCGUAUCGCCUGUACAUGGGACGCCAUCUGCUCAAUGGCUAUAACCAGUUUGAGAUGGUCAGUCAGGUGCAGCGAGUGGUUGUUCCAGAAGGAUACACAAACCCUCAGAAGGGCAGAGAUGUAGCCUUAGUGAAGCUGCGCUCUCCGGUCACCUGGUCAGACAGGAUCCAGCCUGUGUGUCUGCCAUAUGCUGGUUUCCAGUUCAGCAGUGGAACCUUAUGCUAUGUGACCGGUUGGGGACACACACAUGAGGGUGUUUCCCUCACCGGAGUCGGGGCGCUCCGGGAAGUGCAGCUGCCCAUUAUUGACCAGUCCUCCUGCCAGUCAAUGUAUCAGAUUUUGUCAUCUGAUUCAGUAACAGUCGACAUCCUCUCAGACAUGAUCUGUGCUGGAUAUACAGAGGGAGGCAAGGAUUCCUGUCAGGGGGACUCUGGAGGCCCUCUGGUUUGUCCUGGUGGCAAUGGGACUUGGAUUCAAGCAGGGGUUGUAAGUUUUGGGCUUGGGUGUGCUCAGAAGAACCGACCGGGUAUCUAUUCCAGGGUCUCGAGCUUUGCAAGCCUCAUCCGCACCACAGUUCCAGAAGCUCAAUUUUUCGGUUAUGCUCAAAGGAGUGAGAGUCAAACGCCUCUUGUUCUAGGCCUCUCUUUUGCAUUAAUACUUUUGUAUAGAUAGCAUAUUACUAUUGUAUAGAUAGUAUAUUACUUAAGUGUAUGCACAACACACAAUCUCAAUGUGUACAACACAAUCUCAAGUUUUGAAACACCACACGUUUUGUUUGUGUGGCAUUGAUUUGCCAUGUUUUGAAUGCUUUUGUGGGGAAAAACAUGUACUCACAGCAAAGCUUCAGAGGUAUUGCAAAUUAUUUUAAACAAUAAUGUAAUAUGUGACAUGUUUAUGAUGGAGAGCUCUGGCCAUCUGAUCCUUCCUAAGCACAGAUCUAGUUUGUGGUUAUUGUGUAUUAGAUAAUAAAAAAAAAUGCAAUUUCAGUAAUGUCACCAAGACCUUGGGACACUGUAAAAUGCCAAUAUCCUAAUUAAUAGGAUAAAUACAAUAUCAUUUUGUAUUUCUUGUAUUGAUUAUUUGUAUUGAAAAAUCUAAUUAAUUUGCGCAAGGCAUAUUAUUGCACAUUACAGUUUGGUGUGUUUUACUGCUGUCACUCAUGCAUUCAAUACCAGUGUUGUAAUAAUUUUAGAAUUCAUAUUAAAUUAGAAUGCAACAUGUGUUUUCCCCUUUGCUCAUGCUUUUAUAUAAUAAUAAUAAUUAUUAUUAUUAUUUUAGGAUGCACAGUUAUAGCCAUUGCAAAGUGAUUUGAGCUUUAUUUUUAUGCAUCAUACUUUUUGGGACUCCAGCAUAACUAAAGAUUCUUUGUUAUAAUCUCUUUCAAGAAAAUACAUCUUUCAUCUUUAAGUCUGGAUUUUAGUGGUUUUAAAUGCGCAAUUGUAUGCGUUUACUGUAUAAUAGCUUAUUGUAGUCUAAAUGUUGUGUAAACGUCCAAAAGCU